AUGGGGUCCAAUGUGGGGGCCAACAUGCCAUCACCUUUGGUUCUCAGGUGCAGGCUACAGACCGAGUUUCUGGAUGGGUGUGUCAAACACAAGAGGAGAGUGUCUAUGUUGCACCUCACACCGCGCAGCUCGAGCCUAGAUACCGUUUUCGAGGAACUCUGGGACAUCGAGCCCACCAUUGGCCGAGGUUCUUUCGGUGUGGUCCGCUUCGAACGGCUAAGAGGACACCCAAGUGUGCGCUUCCAGUCGUCGUCACAUCGCGUGAGAGCUGUCAAAGAGAUCAGCAAAAGAAUGCCCGACGGUCACCACUGGGACUACAUGAAGGAAUUGGAGGCAAUAGCGAAGUUCUCUCAGCCAAAUUAUGCACCGUUCUUUGUAAGGACGCGUGGAUGGUUCGAAAAUGCGAAAUCCGUCUUCAUAACCAUGGAGUAUUAUCCUCUCGGAGACCUACGCAGAUUCAUGGAUUCUCAGUCGCCAUUUACCGAGAACCUGACAAGCCACAUAGUUCGCCAAUUAACACGAGGUAUCAACUAUAUGCAUGCCAGUGGCUUUGCACAUCGUGAUCUGAAGCCGGCUAAUAUUCUAGUCGCAUCGACUUCGCCAAGGUGGUCCGUACGGAUUGCUGAUUUUGGCAUCAGCAAGCAGGCUCUCGAAGGUGGGACUUAUCUUCGAACAAUGCAUAUUGGUACUUUCGGAUACAUGGCACCCGAGGUGCUGGGGUUUAACGCCCAAAACAACCCAAGUGCAGCAUAUUCGGUGACAGUGGACAUGUGGGCCAUUGGCGUGAUAGCCCUGGAGCUGCUCAUGAAGCGGCACCCGUUUCCCAACGUCUCGGACCUGGUAGGCCACGUCCAUGGCACUCGCUCGGUUCAGUAUGACGGAGUCUUUGGGGUGCACCCCUCGGACGCCUGUCGUGAUUUUAUUGGCGGCUUAUUGACACCACAUCCUGCCAUGCGACCGUCUGCCAGCGUUGCCGUGAAGCAUCCCUGGCUGAAAGAGAUCAAGGUCGAGGUUGUUGACUCCGAGGAUGACGAGCCACUUUUCGUGGAAGACUACCCUCAAGACGAAGACAUAACGAUGCGCCAUCGUGAUGGCGUCACCCCCGCCUCAUUACCAUCACUGGCCUGGUCGAAUCUACGACUGACACCGGGCGCAGCUGCACCUGCAAGUGACGCAGGAACGCUGAUGAGCACUCAGGCUGGCCUCCAGCUAGACAGGAGUGGUCUGUUGCCGAGCUUCCAAGCGCUGUCGUUAGAAACGACGAACACUGGCUGGAAGAUUCGUGGAGAGGCAAAGUCAAACACGUGCCUGUGUCGCAGCGGACACCAGGUUUCCGUGCCAUUGCAUGUUACGACGGGACAGAGAUAUCGCCCCGACUCCGCGCACCAGCUAUUGAGUGCAUUCUCGGCCGAAGAGGAGGCCGGGAUGGUCAUGGCAGGUGGAACAGUACCUGCUGCCUUGUGA